AAUCGGGAUUCUUCCCGAAAAUAAAUAUUAUCAAAAUUAUUGUAACCUUCUUGAUGAAUAUUCGUUCCAUUGAAUGGAAGGUAUCUAAUUUGUUAGAGAAAUAUUGUAUUCUAUGUCAAUGGAACGAGCGUAAAUUCUUGUUUGUUUCAAACACAUAUGCAACUUCCUUACUGUUUGAUUUCUAUAUUUAGUAAUCAUUGUUAUCGACAAAACGCUGACUAGUAACGUAGUUCUUACUAAAAAUUCUGCUCAACAUAAAUAAUAAAAAUACUACGUUUUACGAGCGUGUAUUUCGUUUUCGUGAUGCGAAGAAUAAAGAAUAAUAAGAAAUAGGUAUAAGAAAUGUUUACGUUGUUACAAAACAUAGCUUUGUUUUACGAUAGUAUUUAAUAAGAUUGUAUCGUGCAUGCAUUUACAAGGUUUCAGCAGCGGUAACGGCACGUCGUGAAAUCAAUUCCGUAACUUAAUAAUAGAUACUCAGGAGGGAACAUAACAUGUAUUUUAAACUUUGAUUCGGUAAGUAAGACCGUUGAACUCCGUUUAGACAAUUUUAAAUAGAAAAAUUUAGUUACCCGCGUCAGAGUUUAUACGAAUGUUACUGCGAGAAGUUUAAAGGCAUACUUUACGAUUUAAUUUUAUCGCGCGACGAAUAAUCAUGGCCAAUUUCUAAGUGACAGUCGGUAAUUUGCAUAACAGCGUUACCAUGAGCCUACAUACAUUGUGGGACGUAUCGAUAGGCGAUCUUUUUUUUUUUUUUUUUAAAUGCAUUUAAGAUGCAUUUGUAAGUUGGAGAGUCUCUCGUAGAAUACAGACACACUUGCCGAUUGAUUACGUCACUUCCAGGCGUGGUACGGUACGAUGUGUGAUGUCCGUGUGCUACUGAAAAUGGCCGUGUACGUAGAGAUCCGUCUAGUUUACUGAUUUCACGAAACAUUUCUCGCGUUUCCUCGAUUAUUUACAAACGGUUACGGUGAAUUUAUCGAGGAUACGUGCAGUUUGUGAGAUUGUGCGAAACGAAGUUCACAGUGGAUCGUCGAUGGUUAGACACCGAGACGAAGUGUGCCCGUUUCGUCAACGGUAGAUCAUUAAAAGAGAAGAUUCAAAGCUGUCACGAGUGAAAACAGAAGAUUAUAAAUAAUGGGUUUCAUUCAUAUUGUUUGUAUUUUUAUUAAUUUGAAUGAUAUACCUGUUGAUUAAUAAGCAUCAACUAUUUAGUUAUCAAGAUGCGGGAGAGAUUUGGUACAAUCCCCAGGUAUCAAAUGGGGAUUUGAACAAAAUCUUUUUUUCUUAAUAUUUUCUAUCAUAGUAGAAAAUACAUUGAAAUAUCUAAAAGCAUGCAAGACUAUAUUUAAAACAGGAAGAUGAUUUCUGGGAUCUCAUAAUUGUUUUAUAUAAUAAUGAAUUAUUUGAGUGCUCUGUAAGAUUUAUGUGUAAGCACAAUAUUGAAAUAGAUAUUUGUUGCUAAUAAUAAAUAGUAUCAAUCCUACGACAUAAUGUAAUAAACAUACAGUUUUUAUACAUGCGAAUGUGUUGUAUAACUACAGCAAAAAUGUCAUUCUUGUCGAAUUUAAAGAAAGCGUUCCACUUUGGUGGCAACGAUGCAAAGAAAAAGAAAUUAUUUAAUAAUAUUAAAAUGGAUUGCAAUCCAGAAGAAUUUUGGGAAAUGGUGGGUGAACUUGGAGAUGGAGCAUUCGGCAAAGUUUAUAAGGCACAGCACAGGCAAACGCACCAGCUGGCUGCUGCAAAAAUGUGCGCAUUAGAGGGGGAAGAUGAUCUUAGUGAUUUUAUGAUUGAAAUAGAUAUUUUAUCAGAGUGUAAACAUCCAAAUGUUGUUGAAUUGCAUGAAGCAUAUUUUAUAGAGGGCAAGCUAUGGAUGUUAAUCGAAUAUUGCGACGGCGGUGCUGUUGAUUCUAUAAUGGUUGAAUUAGAAAAAGCUUUAACAGAGCUACAAAUAGCCUACAUAUGCCAACAUAUGACCAAGGGUCUUGCCUUUUUACACAAAUCGAAAGUUAUUCACAGGGAUUUAAAGGCAGGAAAUGUUUUACUAACAAUGGCUGGAGGAGUGAAAUUAGCUGAUUUUGGAGUGUCUGCAAAAAAUAAACAUACUUUACAGAAACAUGAUACAUUUAUUGGUACACCUUAUUGGAUGGCACCUGAAGUAGUAUUGUGCGAAACAUUCAGAGAUAAUCCUUAUGAUUUUAAAGUAGAUAUAUGGUCGCUUGGUAUUACUCUAAUAGAGUUUGCACAAAUGGAACCACCAAACCAUGAAAUGUCACCAAUGCGGGUACUUCUUAAAAUACAAAAGAGCGAUCCACCAAAACUCGAUCAACCUGGAAAAUGGAGUAAAGAUUUUAACGAUUUCAUUGCGAAGGCCCUUAUAAAGGAUCCAACGUCGCGACCUACAGCCGAUGAAUUGUUAAAGCAUCCAUUCAUAAAUCGAAAUUUAGAUUCAAAACCGAUUAGAGAUUUGUUAUUGGAAUACAAAGCUGAUGUUGUCGAAGAGGAAUUGGUCGAUGAAGAAGCAGAGAAGGCUAAAAAGGCGAAAAAACACAGAGAACAAUAUCAGCGGAUUGGCUGUGCAUGCGGCUCUCCUGGGCCUCGCCAGCCCCAUCAUCCCUGCGUUUGUCAGGAGCAACGCACGUCACAGCUUCCUCUGGAACUGGAUCAACUCGGAGAUGACUCUGCAUCUAUGCGCAGUGACGCUGAUGUUAAGAUUUCUGAAAAAGAAAAUCUUGUUGCAUCACCCGUUUCUGCGAAGAAAGAAGAGAGCCACAAACGAGAGAUCAAUAGGGAUGGUGAAAAGGAGGACAGGAACAAGAAAUUACGCAAAGCAGAAUCUAAAGAGAACAUACCUGUUUCUGUUGAGAAGAAACAAGCACCUAAACCUCCUAGUACAACCGAAACAAACGAACGUAGAAUAUCUCGAGAAAAAGGUCCUGCGCCUCCUCCACCUCUUAUGCGUCAAGAUAGCAAAAAUGAAGAUAAGGAAAAUAAUUUAAAGAUCGCCGAUAAGCAAAGUUCGGUCGAGUUGUUAGAUCAAAGUAAGGUUACCGAUGAAAAGCAGCAAGAUAAAAAUGUAUUGUUAAAAAGUCAUGAAACGGUAGAGAGCGAACAACUAUACGUAGAUACACUUUGCGAGAAGCAAAACGUGCUCGGUAGUUCAGAGAAGAUAACAGAGAUUAACGAAAGGGAGAAGAGUAACUCAGACAUUAUUAAGAAAGUUGAUACUAGACAAAAAUUGAUAAAUAAUCAAAUAAGUCCUCCUACGAGGGCGCAACUAACUUUGGAAGAAAAGAGGAAAUCUGCACCCGUUAAACCGGAAUCGUCGGAAGAUUGGAUAAAACCAAUGUUCAACAAACAGUCAUCUUUGGAAGAAAAGAGCAGAAUCGAAAAGAAAGCAUCAGUCGAUGCACAAGUUAAACGACAAUCUUCAACAGAAGAGAAUUAUAAAAGCUUGCAAGAAAAACGAAAAUCGGUAGAGGAAAAAUUAAACGCGGUUUUAGAAAAACGAUUUUCGAUGGAUUCCGAAAUUCGAAUGAAUGUUUCCUCCUUGGAAACGUUGACGCACCGAAAUAUUCCAAACGCGAUUUCGCCCGAAAAAAAUAUUAUCAAGGCUUGUUCUACCGAAAAUAUCAAGACAGAUUAUGGAACGUGUAAAGCGGAAUCUGUUGUUAAAAGUCACAGCGAAGGGUCUUCCAGAUACGACUCGUUGGAAAACUUUUCAGACGAAUACGAUGGAAAACGAGACAAGAAGAAGUGGCUAUAUAAGGAAAACAAACAUGAGAAUGACGCAAACGAUGCUUCGAAGAGUGAAAAGAAAGGUUCGUCGGUGAAUGUGUCGGUGAUUACAUCAACGCCUAUUAGAAGUAGAAGUACUUCCAGAAGAGGUAGCGUUGAUAACAUAGUUGUCAUUACCGGUAAGCCCGACCAAGAGGUACGUCCAAACACAUCAACCGUCCGUAUCUAUCCGGAUUUAUCGAACUCCCUUGCAAGUAACAUAAGCCAAGUGACGGUUGUGACGACGCAUCCUCCGGUAUUGGUAGACGCGGUAUCGCCAACGCCUCCUUCCUGUCGGCCGUCUCCCACAUCGGAAGUUGUUAUUGUCGCGAACGAGUUAAACAAGACGCAAGUGAACGAGAAUUCCACCGAUGAUGACGGAUUCCCUAGUCUGGACAGCUUGGAAUACACGCCUCAGGAGCAACCCAUUAUUCUGACCGACGUUUCGAAAAAGGUCGGCAAGAAGUUAGACGAAUCCGAGGUUCUCAUCGUGAGUCCAAUCGUAGAUGAAUUACAAGAUACUAGUCACGUCUCCGUUGUCACCGUUGGCGACGACAAGGAACAAGUGAAAGACUCUUCGGUACUUAACAAACACGACGCCGUACGAACAUCCUCCUCGCACAGUGAUACGAGCUUGAUUGAGAGAUCGAGCACAAAGAGCGAUAGCGGGGACGAAAUUACCAAAAUGAUAGUCGCUGGAACGACUGUCGAGUCCGCAGACGGCGACGAUGCAGAGAGAAACUCGAAGAAAAUGAACGGUAUGAUAAAGAACGACAAGUCGUCCGUGAGUCGUAUCGACGAGAAAGUUAUCAAGACGACGAAACAGAAGGACGUUGCCAAGGGAUACAAGGAGAAGAGGAUAUCUCCGGACAGUUUCGAGGGAUCCAGAUCGCAGAGUGAAUCAGGUUCGACGAGAUCCCACACGCCAAGUAAGAGUAUAGAUCGCUCGGACGCCGAAUCGAUUUCCACGACGAUAAGUCAGGACAGCAGAGAAUCAAACAAAGAGAAUCAUAUCGGUCAAGGUCAGUCGACGGAACCGGAAGAGGAAGUGGUGUUGCGACGGAAACCCGAUUACAAUCGUGACAUACCGCGACCGACAAGGACGAAAGAGGAUAUACAGAUGAUGAACCUAAAGAAAAAGACACGGAAGCGAACCAGAAAAUUCGAGAUAGACGGCGUUGUGGUCACCACAACUACGUCGAAGGUUAUCUACGGUGACGACGAGAACGGAAAGGUGUACGACGAUCAAAUUUUCAGGAAGCAAGAGUUGAGAGAGCUGAAGAUGUUGCAGAAAAUGGAGCAAAAGCAGUUUCAGGAUUUGUCGCAGAAGGCGCAGUUCAACAAGGAUCAACAGGAGAAACGUUUCGAGCAAGAACGACAGCUUCUGGAACGAAACGCUGAAACCGAUUUGGAGACCCUUGCUCGGCACCAGAGACAGCAGAUCGAACGCGCUGAAGCGCAACAAGAAGCUGAUCUUCGGCUGACUUCGAAGAAAAUACGCAGCGAUCAGGAAAGGGAGUUGAAGCAAUAUCGCGACACGCUGAAACAAGAAAUGAGGUUGCUCAAACAAGAGGUGGAUCUGAUGCCGAAGGGCAAGAGGAAGAGUGCGUUCAAGAUACGCAAGGAGACGCUGGAGGCCGAACACGAUGAAAAGGAGAAACUCUUUUUAGACGGACUUAACGAGAGUCACGAAGUAGCGUUGAGGAGAUUGUCCGACAGCCAUCGGGAGAAGAUCGCCUUGAUGGAGAGACAGUUCUUGCAGCAAAAACAACAGCUGAUGAGAGGUCGAGAAGCGGCCAUUUGGGAGCAAGAGGAACGGCACAUCCACGAAAAGCAACAACUGCUGAAAAAGCAACUGAAGGAUAUAUUCUUUCUGCAAAGGCAUCAGAUGCUAAUUCGCCAUGAGAAAGAACUCGAACAGAUGAAACGAAUGAAUCAAAGGAAGGAAGAGGAACUGAUCAAGCGACAGACGGUAGAACGUAGAAAUUUACCCAAACGGAUUCGUAACGAGAUGAAGGCGCGCGAGAUGAUGUUCCGAGAGUCCAUGAGGAUUUCGAUGUCGUCGGUGAUUGCGCCUGAUCCUGACGCUGAGAGGGAGAAACUGAAAAAGUUUCAGGAAAACGAGAAGAAACGUUACAGAGCGGAGCAACAACGAUUCGAGUUGAAGCAUUCGAGGCAGUUGGAGGAGGUAAGAGCGCAGAGCGAUGCCACCAUCAAAGAACUGGAACAGCUGCAGAACGAAAAGAGAAAAAUGCUGAUGGAGCAUGAAACAUUGAAGCUUAAGGAACUGGAAGAGGCGUACAGUAAAGAACUUCGCGAAUGGAAAGCGCAGUUGAAGCCUCGAAAGCAGAGAUUGGAAGAGCAGUUUGCUCUACAACUAGAGGAACAGGAGGCGAUAUAUGGACCAAGCGCGAUGCCGUUGUGCCUGCCGGCGGAUCUUCCCGAUUUGACGCAUCAUACGGCUGGUUCGACGCGCAGUUCGCUUUCUUCGGUUAGCGAGGGUUAACGUGUACAUUUGUCGAAUACAACCUGGAUCUUCCGAACUUCGUUUCUUGCAAAAGCCACGAGAAGCAUCAGACAUACCCUUUUCGAGGUCGACAUCCAACGACAUGCAGCAACGUUGAGAUUCUCAAACAUUAGCGGAUAACGAGCUGCGGUCGUCGAACACAGAGAAAAACAGCGACACAGUUUAACGUUUACACGUUUAACGUAAUUCCAAUGGCAUGAGAGAGCUUAAUAGCAAAGUUCCAAUUUGUUUAUGGCAAAAUAUUAGAGAGCAAGUGUUGCUUCUCGGUAGAGUAGGGCUGAGUAAUUGUCACUGUGCUCUUGCGAGGUAUUUUUUCUACAUUGGAAGUAGAUCGUUGCAUACGAAUGUCAUUAAUUUCAUACGAUUCUCUCGAGAAAGUAUAUACUUCUGGUACAAUCCACAGAAUCCGCCCGAUCAUCGUUCCCGAGAACUCCCAAGUCGGUGAGUUUUCGUAGACCUUGUACGCGUUUCUACGGUGAACAGAACUUUUUGUACGUCUUAUACACGCAUAUAUAUCGAACUACUAAGAAUUAUCGUCAAUUCGAGGAAAAUUUACCGAUCCAUCGACGACACGCGUGUGUGGUGAUGUCUAGUAUUUUGUAGGAUGUCUAGCGAUUUUAUACGUACGUAAUGCACACGUGGAAAAAGUAUAUUUUCGAUCGUUUGGAUUGUAAUUCUACCCUGCUUGUGCUCUAUCCGUCGAGUGCCGUUCGAGAGUGCUGAGCGCGUAACUGGUGAAUAGAUAUCGAAGGUCGUAAUGAUAUGAGCUGCGCCUUGCGAAUCGGAUUGAAUAGAACCGAACGUUUGUAUCAGGCUUCUCGAGUCGUACAGUUUUAUAAAGAAAACGCUAAAUUUUCGCCGAUAGACCAUUCUAUCAAGAUACACGGAUAUAUAUUUUUUAGUAAAUAAACACGUUCAACACUACGAAUCAAAGGUUUACGCCAAAUAUGUAUACAAUGUAUGGUCGUUCAUUAAGCGGCAACGUAGUCCAACGACAUUGUAGAGAGAAUCUCUUUUUAAUCCGUAUUCGAAACGACCAUGUGUGGCUAAUGUGAGUCCGUAGAUGUAAAGAAGUAUAUUUGUAUAAAAUGUUUUUCUUCGUUUCUCCAUCUUCUAUUCUCUUCCUUUAUUCUUACCAUUUGUAUAUUGACUUUUACGAGUUUUGUUCGUUUUCACGUUGAUCAUAUUGCCAACGUAUAAGGAAUUUUGUAUAUAUAUAUAAAAUCGGGACGAAUUGUUCGAUAUAUUUUGAAUAUUCUAGUGCAUGGUAUGAGAGCGAUGUUACGACGAUCGUAUACCAGGAAACAGUUUGUUUACUUCGUCCUUUGUGAAACGUAUCUCUCGUUCCGUCGAAGCAUCGUGUUUACAGUGCAUGACCUAUCGAUUAAAGGACUACAAUUUUGCGAUGUUUACGAGAAACUCUUAGGAAAUUUGAUGAUAUGUAUAUUUUGUUCAAGUUUCGUUUGAGUUGUUCGCUAUUCGGGAUACGUAUGUACAAUUAACGUAAGAUACGAGUAUCGUGUAGAAAUGAGAAAAGAGGACGUUUGCCAAAGCAUGUAUACAUACAUAUAUCUACACAUACAUAUAUUCUUGAAAUUGUAACAGAGGUAUAUGGGGCACGGUAUAAUUAAACGCUGAUUACUUGCCCUUUAUCGAAUUCGUUUGCCAGACACUGGGAUGCUGUCCAAGAGUACUUGUCGAUCGUACCUGGAUCGUUCUAUUGGAAAUUUCAGAUUUUUAUACUCGUUAUCGAAACGACGCACCAAAUUCUACUUAAACGGGAUUAUAUGUAAAAUUUCGAGGCUAAAACGAAACUCGUGGAUCGGCCCAAUCGUAAAUCGUGCGAGUAUCGUUGAAACGAGUUGAGGGCAGCGACAGUGAGAAUUCGAACGUUCAAACUUCUAAGGAAUUUCACGUAGAUGUAACGAAACGUAAUUUAUAGGCGUUUAAUCACGUGUGCAUUAUACGCGGGAAAUACUGCGAAAGACGAAAAGAAAAAAAAAAAUAAAGGAAGAUUCGCUUUCGUCAAAUUUUCGCGAUAGCCUUACUCACAGUCUUUAGUAAAUCGAUCGAGUGCGUUGUAUAUGAUCGAGAGUAUUUAUACUACGACGAUUAGAGCGUGGAGCAAUGUAAUAUAUAAACCUGAAAGAAGGAAACUUGUCGACGAAUCGGUGCAUCGAAUUAAUUAUAUCGAUUCGUUCGAGUAGUCAACGUUAGGAGAUAUUUCAUUUUUUCUUUGUCUCUUUGUUUUGCUGAGUAUUUCUUUGGGCGUUCUUAAAAUUAUUGUACGUACAGUAUUUAAGGAUAAGAAACAGUUUGUUAUAGUCUUUAUUUUUUGCUAUUUGUACCCAUUGCACGAACUUCAUUUUUUUUUUUUUUGCCGAUAAUAUAUGUUUAACAGUGAAUCGUAUCUCUACGUGUCGGCGCAUACUUAUAUAGAUUUAUAUAUAAAAUAUGUAUAUGGAGGAUCAAUAGACUGAGAACGAGUUAAAAAAAAAAUGGAGAGAAUCGGAAGAUUAUUGUAGAUCUGUUCGUUGCGAUUAAAUGUUUACUGGUGAUAUUGUUUUCGUCGAGUUUUAUAAUUUUAUAUAUCGUCGACAAAGCGGCAUUAGGAAAUCUAUUUUGGCGAAAUAGUCUUGACAGCAGCCCACUACGCAUCGAUCCAAACGAAGCGUUUAAUCGGUGAUUCUAGGAAUACUUAACAAUUACUUGUAAUAUUUAUUUUGAUUUCGGUCGAAAAUAUUUCCAUUCCAUAUUUCUCGUUUAAAAACAAAUGACAGAAUAAAUGAAUUGAACAUCCGUCGCGUAACGUAAAGUAUGUCUAGCACGUAAAGAAAAGAGAAAAGCAAAAGGAAACUCACGUUUACGAUGUCUCGGAGCGUUUUCCUUUUUUAUGCCUUAACGCAUAUUCGAUCUAUCAUUGUGCAAGAAUGUACUUGUUCGCGUUUAGAUCGAGUUUAUUUUACAUAGGUAUAAUAUAUAUAUAAAUAUAUAUAUUAUUAUUCAUCGACUAUAUCAGGUUUUGAUAACGCAAAGUCGCUUUACGAUACAAAUUCGAGGAAUUCCUGUUUCUGAAUAAAAUAGAAAAAGCAAAAAAUAGAGAUACUUGUCAGUCGAAUGCGAACGCAUGGUUACCUCCGUAUUACUCCAAGCUGCUAAGAAAAUCGAAUUGGAAUGAAAAGAGUAUAGUAGUUAAUAAUAAUGCUUAAAGAGUAUAAGGUAUCCAUGCGUGCCUGACACCGAGACAAACAAGCAGAUUGUUUUGUACAUAAUUUUUUACACGACUAGAAACGACACGUUUAUCCGAACCGCAAAUUAUUUUCCGAAAACGCAUUAUUUUUUCUUUGAACUGCAAAGGAAACGUAUUUUUAAGAUCAGCUUUUUCAUCCAGAAAUGUUUAUGCUUUUUUAAAAAAAAAAAAAGAAAUCACUUCCUUCCGAGUUAUACCACAAGGUUUAGGGCAACCUAAGUAGAAUCAAUGAUGACGAAUGGAAAUACUUUGCGGUCGAAGUAGGUCCCGAAGCUGUUUAAAACGGAUUCCAUGUAUUUUGCGUGUGAUGCGAAACUUGCGGGUAGCAUUUACGUUUUGUAGCUUGGCUGGACGAAUGUUGCCGGGUAAAAAAAAAACAAGGAGAUAAGUUUUUAUACAACUCAUUUGACUGGUACGACACGUCGACUGAGAACUAUACAUAGAGAUACAUGCCGCUGUAACAUAGACUCUUUAUAAUUAAUUGCUCAGUACUAGGUGUAACUGGAUUCAAUACGAUCAUUAAUAUAGACCGUAAGACUAAUGUUACGAUUAUUUACAUGGUAAUGUUAUUAAGGAAUAACACAAUAAAUAUUUUACUUCUA